AUGUAUUGCCGCCGAGUGGCACGUUCAUCCGCUCACCGUCCCGCCCGCAUACGAGCACCCACCCUCAGCGCUCGCGACUCCAGGAUGCCGAGCCACGCUGCGCACAUUCCCCUCGAGCUGUGUCGCAUCAUCUGCAACGAACUGCGAAGGCCUACUGCGAGCGGACUACCAGCGGGAACACUCAGUCACGUCAACCUGGCACUCGCCUGCAAAUAUUGGUCCGGGCCUGCCCUCGACGCGUUAUGGGAGAACAUGCACAGCCUUGCGCCGCUCCUCGCGCUUCUGCCACCGGGGCUGUUGCGGCUGGGACAGACGUACUACAAUAUCCCGGAUUACCAGGUUUACCAGAUGCACUGGAGCCGGUUCGAUAGAUACAGCAGACGCGUGCGCCGCUUGCGGGUCUCCGGCGCAGACGGUAAGGUUGACUUUGAUGCUAUCAUCAACCUCGUUUCUUCGAGCCCGCGUCCGAUCCUGCCGGCGCUGAUGGGACUUGAGUGGGGGCAUUGGUAUUGCAACCUGGAUAUGGACCCGCGGCUCGGCCCCGUUCUUUCGGCCAUCGUCACUCCGUCCCUGCGAGAAAUAGCAUUCACGACCUGCAGCAAGGGCGACGACCACGGCGAUCUCGACCAGGCGCUGCUUACAAUGCGCGACGAUGCCCUAGGCGAGUUCUUUGCGGCACUUCCGGAAAGGGCCCCGCAUCUCAAGAUCCUGCGACUCGGGGGGCCGCUUACCAAUGUCUCACUUGAAUUUCUUUCAAAGUUCAGGUUGCUGCGGACCCUCGACUUCAGCGAUAUUCCGUUACGGGCGGGAGGAUUCUUGAACGCACCGUUUUUGGACACGCUAUCCUCCCUCUCCACCCUCACGACCUUGAGGAUUUCAGGAUUGGAGAUGCAUCCCGAGGAUGUCGCAGGCACUAGGUGCAUUUUGCAUGCCCUAGAGGAUUUUGAAGCAGAAUACACCCAGCCGUUGACGGCCCUCGAGCUUCUGAGAAGGGUCUCCUCCAGCAAGAUGAGAAAAUUCUCACUGCGCCUCGUGAACGAGUCGGUGGAGAUCGAGCAUGUGCAGCUACUCUUCCAAUCCUUGCAAAGGUUCGCAAGAUCCAUCACUACUAUCAAACUUGAUUUCUGGGACACGAACUUCGACUGCGAAUCAUCUCCAGAUGGAAUAAGCAUCUUUGCGGUCAUCGAGCCACUGAUCCACCUACCUUGUUUGGACCACGUUCGGCUUCGGUUAGCUCAUAGUCCAGAAAUCGUAUUUACGCCCUUCAGGCUCCUAGACGAAGACAUCGAGCGCAUGGUGUCCGCAUGGCCCAAGCUGGAACAAUUAUUACUUGAAUUCGACGUAGUCGAGCCUGGAACGACGCUUCAGAGUCUUAUCACUUGCGCCAAGUUGAUUCCUCACAUUCGUGAACUGGAACUCCCCGGCAUGCGAGUGGCCAGGGACUUCCUUCAGGCGGACCUUGGGCCCGUCAAGAGUGCCUGUUGCCUAGUGAGCCUUUCCCUUCGCGGCCUGAAAUACGUUAGAGAUGAUGCAGAGGCUAUCGCGAGUACUCUGUAUCGUCUUUUCCCGUAUAUAAACACCGCAACCAUAGGCAAGAACCUUCCCCCUGACAUUUCAGAGUGGUAUAUCUGGAAGGCCCGAUUGCAUUCUGGGCGGUUGUAA